UACUUUCUUUGACAGCUGGCCUUUGUUUAACGCGGGGCUAUUUAACAAAUAAAAUAUUUUGUAAAAUAUGUACAUAAGUAAUGCAUUCAUAAAUCGUCAAUGCAACUAAUUCGCACUGCCGCGACUGCCACUUCAACGGUAGCAAUUUAAUUUGCCAACUUUUCAAAAUGCGCUUUGUACGACGCGGUGUACAAAAAUGUGUGCUAGUGAGCUGUGUGCUCCUGAUGUUCUUCACUUUGUACAUGUUAAACGAGCAGCCGCAAAAUGUUGAUAAAAGUCUCACCAUCAAUAUCAUGGAGCGCUCGAUAAGAUCCGCAAUGAAUCAGGGUGAGUGUCGGCAGCCGCACUUGCCUUUGGAUAAUCCCGAUAUCAUGAAAUUCUACGAGCCGGUUAAUAAAAUUAACUGCGGCUCUGAGAUGGAUUGGGUAAUGUGCGAGAAAUCUAUAUGCUUUGUCAAGCCCGAGAUAAGUGCCACUCACGGCGAGAUAGUCUGCUCCUAUACGGAUAUAAUACGCAAAUCGGAUUACAAAGCACGUUUUGGGCGCACUGUGAGAAUAAAGGAGCCGUAUGUGCUGCAGGAGAGUGAUUUUGUGAAAGUUGCUUGCCGUGCAGAGAGCGGUCAGAGAUGGCAUGGAAUGGCAUAUGGAAUCCGCGACACUGUGCAACGUCCAGUAAUGCCCAAUUUGUCACCCAAUUUGGCUGUGCUGCCGGCCGAAGUCAUUGCUCAGGCACAACUACAGAUGCAGGAUCUGCCGACGUCUCCGUUUUACAAUGUUCUCAUGUUUGGCUUGGACUCAAUGAGUAGAAAUUCCUUCAUGCGUAAGCUACCGCGUAGCUAUGCCUAUUUGACUAAACAGUUGGGCGCCAUCGUGCUGAAGGGCUACAAUAUUGUGGGCGAUGGCACGCCCCAGGCAUUAAUACCGCUACUCACUGGAUACACGGAACUAGAGCUGCCGGAGACGAGAAAACGGAUGUCCGGCUCCGGUUACGUCGAUGCUUAUCCCAUGAUUUGGCAGGAUUUUGCCCGUCUUGGUUAUGUGACCUCAUUCAAUGAGGACUUGCCAAAUGUAGGAACGUUCACGUAUCGGAUGAAUGGCUUCGAUAUUCAACCCACUGAUCAUUAUUUGCGUACAUAUUACAUGCAGGCGCUAAACAUACUAAGUGGCAGCUCGCCUCACUGUGUUGGCAGCCAGCCAGAUCAUUUGGUCAUGAUGGAUUACACCAAGAAUUUCAUGCUGAAAUAUCGAGACACACCACGAUUUGUAUUUAGCUUUCAUGGCGGACUCUCGCAUGAUUCCAUAAAUCUUGUGGGAGCAGCUGAUGAUGAUGUACACGAUUGGCUGGUAGCGCUAAAGGAGAAGUCGCUGCUUGACGAUACCAUACUUAUAAUUAUGGCUGAUCAUGGAAAUCGAUUUGCGGACGUGCGAGCCACGCUGCAAGGCAAACAGGAGGAGCGUCUACCCUUUUUCAGCUUUACCUUUCCGGAGUCAUUCAAAAAGCGCUUUCCUCAGGAGUACAACAACUUUGUGAACAAUGAGCAACGUUUGAGCACUCCGUUUGAUGUACACGCCACGCUCAUGCACUUAAUACAACUGCAAACACCGAGCAUUGACGAAAUGACAGCUGAAAACAACUACGAUAAUACCUUAAAUGAACCAAAGACGGAACCAAAUCAAGCAAAGGAUAUUCACAUAUCAGAGAUGGCGCGUGGACGUGCUACAUCUCUCUUUGAGUCCAUUCCAAGUAAUCGAUCCUGUGCAGAUGCGUACAUUGAGCCGCAUUGGUGCGCUUGCCUCAACUGGCUGCCACUGCAGCUGAACGACACACGUUACGAGGGUAUUCUACUCAAAGCAGCUAACAGCAUUGUGGAUACCAUAAAUGCUGCAACGACUGAUCGCCGUCAGCUAUGUGCUCCGCUGCAGUUACUACGGAUUAACUGGGGAUUGCGUUUGCAGCCACACAAGGAAAUGCUACAAUUUAAAUCGAAUAGUGAUGUCGAUGGCUUCUUGGCCAACAUGAAUGGGCAAACGGUCGUACGCGAUGAAUUGUAUCAGCUGCAGGUGGUCACCCAGCCAGGCCUGGCGCUCUAUGAGGCGAGUGUCACCUAUAACUUGAACCAUUUCAAUAUUACAACAAAACUCACGGAUAUCUCACGCGUCAACCAGUACGGCGAGCAGGCCAAUUGCAUUUACGAGCGCGAUCCGGAAUUGCGCAAGUUUUGCUACUGUCGCGAUUAAGUCUAGUCAACGGAAUUGCACAAAUCUGCACAUAACUUAGUAUAGAAUACAGUCACAUGAUAAAAUUUCGCAUUUUACUUUUAAGACUUGCUCUCUUUUAUAAACAUUAUUUACAUAUAGUAUGUAUAGAAGUCUGAAUUCAGUUAUAGUCAUGUGCCAAAGAGUUAACUCUUGUCACAAUUUUCCCUAAGUUGAAAGUCUGUAGCUCUUACAAUUUGUUCCUUAACACAAAUCUCAAACUAGUGUUCUUGAUAAUCAUAAACAACAUUUCGAAUAUUAAAAAGUGAAUAAAUACGAAAAUAUAAAAUACAUCGUUAUAAUGUAUAAUUUCGAAUCAGAAAAUAAUUUUAAUUGCAAAUUCUGUUUCAGUAAUAACGUGUUUGCAUGUAAAAUCGUUUUUAAAAUAGCAUUUCAUAAAAUGGAGAGCUUUUGUAAAACCCUCUUAUUAAACCUUAUCCAAAGUAGAAACUUCAUGACUAUGUAUGGCGGUACAUAUGUUUAUUUCAAUGUUAUUUGUAUUUUUAUUUGAAUAUUCUCGUAAACAUUGCUUGUACACUAGUUAUACAUUAAUUACAGAUA